UGAUUAGCUUGGGGGCCCAAUGGGGCCCAGUUCAGCUGGCCCAGCGCCCAAGGGGAUUCCCCCUAAGAUCCUGGAGCUCCACUGCUGCCAUUUUGUCCAAAUAUCCCCAUAAACUCCCUCAAGGUUCUUACUCCUGCGCCCUCCCCCUGGCCUGCCCAGCUCUGCUCCAACUACUCUGCUUUAUGUUCUUUGGGGGGGAUUCGGGGUGCCACUUACAUGAUAUUUACACCUCCCUUCAGCUCCCAACCGGCCAGCAGAGCAAUGGCCCAAGGCCAAAGCUAAAUAUAGAGGCUGCCCCCAAGGCUGGGUAUAAACAGAGUCAGAACAGGGGGGCAUCCAAAUGUGCAAAGAGCUCGGAGCUAUAUUAGCUAGGGGCAGAUAUCUCAGGCCGAGGCACUUGGGGCAUAUUAGCUAGGGGCAGAUAUCUCAGGCCGGGGCACUUGGGGUAUAUUAGCUAGGGGCAGAUAUCUCAGGCCGAGGCACUUGGGGCAUAUUAGCUAGGGGCAGAUAUCUCAGGCAGAAGCACUUGGGGCAUAUUAGCUAGGGGCAGAUAUCUCAGGCAGAAGCACUUGGGGCAUAUUAGCUAGGGGCAGAUAUCUCAGGCCGAGGCACUUGGGGCAUAUUAGCUAGUGGCAGAUAUCUCAGUCCCAGGCAUUUGGGGCAUAUUAGCUAGGGGCAGAUAUCUCAGGCCGAGGCACUUGGGGCAUAUUAGUAAGGGGCAGAUAUCUCAGUCCCAGGCACUUGGGGUAUAUUAGCUAGGGGCAGAUAUCUCAGGCCGAGGCACUUGGGGUGUAUUAGCUAGGGGCAGAUAGCUCAGUCCCAGGCACUUGGGGCAUAUUAGCUAGGGGCAGAUAUCUCAGGCCGAGGCACUUGGGGCAUAUUAGCUAGGGGCAGAUAUCCCUAGGGGGAUAUUAGGAAGAAUCAGACAGGGGACGGACAGACAAUGAAAAGGCAGAAUUUCCCAGAAGUCAUUGCUACUCGGAGGGCAGAGGGGGCCGCCCUGGACUACUGGCUAUCCCUCUUGUCAGGAGACACAGUGAGGGUCCAGUUCCUGCUGGGGGACCCCCAGGGCCACAUUCACCCCAACUCUGUGUUUGACACAAGUGACGUGGAAGAAUGGAAGAAUUACCGGUACAACACCAAGGCGCUAAGAAUCUGGUCGCUGACGUAUGAGGAGGAAUUUACUUGCCCUUUAUUUGUUACUGCGAGCCGGGGAUACGCCGACUGCCUCCAGCUACUCCUGCGAGAGGGGGCAAAUGUGGAUUUUGCCCCUGGGGGUGAGACUGCACUGCACGGCGCAUGUGAGAACGCACACACGGAAUGUGCCAAGAUUCUGCUUCGCUAUGGGGCCAACCCCAACGCAGGGUCCCAAGAUGGAGCCCACCCGCUGCACUGCUGCAAAACCCCCCAAUCCUUCCAAUGUGCCAAGUUGCUUCUGCAAUAUGGUGCCCAUGUGAAUUGCCCGACUGAGGAUGAGGAAGAUACCCCAUUACACGUGGCAUCCCGCCUGGGAUUGUGGGAGCACGUGGACCUGUUUCUGCGCUAUGGGGCGAGUGUGAACAAAAGGGACAUGAAGGGAGAGACCCCCCUAUGUGCGGCAUGUAGUGCCCCCCAAAGCUGUGAGGCACUGGAGAGCCACUUCCUGGUGUGCCAACGACUUAUCCAAGCCGGGUCCGACAUUCAUGCCCGUGACCAGGACCAGCAGAACCCCCUGCAUCUGGCCUGUAAGUCUGCCAACCCCAGGGUGGUGGAGCUGCUGCUGGCACAGGGGGCACAGGUGAAUGCCAUGAGUUAUAGUGGCAACACCGCCAUGCAGAACAUCCUGCAGGUCACCGCCUACAGACUCGCCAACCAACCCGAGCUGAUUGUGCGGGCACUGCUCAACCACGGCGCCAUCCGGGUCUGGCCAGGGGCACUCAUCAAGGUGCUGCGAUACUGCUGCGCGUCCCCCAGAACAGUAGAAGUUCUACUCAACACCUACAGUCACGUUCGGGUCACCGACGAGUGGUCUGAGGCCGUACCCCGAGAUGUACAGCAGAAGCACCCCGACUUCUUCCAGUCAGUCUUUUCUCUGCGAGAGGCACCCCGAUCCCUGCAGCACCUCUGCCGCUGUUGCCUGCGCUCUCACCUGGAGGGGAAACUGCCCCAGCUCCUGCCCCACCUCCCGCUGCCCCCCAAGCUGCUCGGCUUCCUACAGCUGGACUUUGAGGGUGUCUUGUACUGAGUGACUGGGAACUAUAGCGGGGUGACCGUUACCCCAAUGUUUCUAUAUAUCUGUAACCUUGUUAUGGGCUAAGGGGGCCCAGC